UUUCCAUGUUCAGUAGAAUAAUAAAAAUACUUCUGUUGGCCUGACACUAAGUACACAUGUACAGUAAAAAGUGCUCUUUAUUAAGCAGAUGGAAUGGUAGAGAAAGAACGACCACCGAAAUGUGGCCUCAGCAAACACAAAUAGUUGGAAUGGAAGAGGAAGAACCACCACCGAAAUGUGACCUCAGCAAACACCAGGAGCAUACAUGGACAGCAGAAGGUGCUCUUUAUUCUGCAGAUGAAAUGGAAGAGGAAGAACGACCACCGAAAUGUGGCCUCAGCAAGCACCAAGAGCAUACAUGGACAGCAGAAGGUGCUCUUUAUUCGGCAGAUGAAAUGGGAGAGGAAGAAGACCACAGAAAUGUGGCCUCAGCACGCACCAAGAGGUGCUCUUUAUUCUGCAGUUGGAAUGGAAGAGGAAGAACGACCACCGAAAUGUGGCCUCAGCAAACACCAGGAGAUGAAAUGGGAGAGGAAGAAGACCACAGAAAUGUGGCCUCAGCACGCACCAAGAGCAGAUGGAAUGUGAGAGGAACAACGACCUCCGAAAUGUGGCCUCAGCAAACACAGAGCAGAUGGAAUGGGAGAGGAAGAAGACCACAGAAAUGUGGCCUCAGCAAACACCAAGAAUUGGAAUGGAAGAGGAAGAACGACCACCGAAAUGUGGCCUCAGCAAACACCAGGAGAUGGAAUGGAAGAGGAAGAACGACCACCGAAAUGUGGCCUCAGCAAGCACUAAGAGCAGAUGGAAUGGGAGAGGAAGAAGACCACAGAAAUGUGGCCUCAGCAAACACCAAGAAUUGGAAUGGAAGAGGAAGAACGACCACCGAAAUGUGGCCUCAGCAAACACCAGGAGAUGGAAUGGAAGAGGAAGAACGACCACCGAAAUGUGGCCUCAGCAAGCAUCAAGACUUAAGUCUUUCCUUCUUUCCCAUGUUCAGUGGAAUAAUAAAAAUGCUUCUGUUGAUGUGA